GGCUGGGAUAAUAAUAAAUAAAUAAAUUAGCUUUAUAUGGAAACCAGUUUGAAAGAGUCACACAUCACGACUGUGGUUUUUGGUUAUUUUUACUUAUAACUUUAUAUUGUUUCCCAAAAAAAAUACUCCUAAUAUACGUAUAAGCACGGAUCUCGAAUAACUGAAAUCUCAAAUGCCAUUACUCACUUGAUUUUCCGGAUGGGAUUCAAAGCACGUCUCCAAGCCUUUCAACAGCCCUAUCCCAAUUUGGUUGAUAUGACUGUUCCAAGUCACUUACUUCAUCUGCCCCACAGAAUGAAUAUUGAAUUUGAGAGGGAGCGGCAAACCUUUCAACUCAAAUUAUGCACAAUAAUCUUACAUAAAUUUCAGGGGUCUUAUCUAUGCGUAUAGUUCGAGAGAAACUGGUAAAUCGGUUUGGGUUGGGGGGCAUAAAUUAACUCGGAAAAAUGUAAAAAUCGAAACGAGUUUAUCGCUACAAGUGAGCCCAGCAAUUACCCAACAACAAACUUGUUCUAUAUAGAAUAUAUAUGCUAUAUAUAUAUUAUAUGUGCCAUAUGGCAUAUGGCGUCUGUCGAUGGCUAUUAAGAUUUAUAGAUUUAGUUGUCGCCUAACAUAGAUAUAGACAAGCGUGUUAUUAGAUUAGCUUAUCUGGGGAUUGGCUCGUAUAUAAAGACAUCUUCAGGUAGGAAAGUAACAAACUGUAUUGGCCAGUCAAGGUGUGGGUUAAAAUGGCAGCUUGUUUUAAUGACUAUUUGAUUGCUAAUGAGAUGAUUAUUAUAAUAGAUUUACCCUUGGCCAGUUCUAAUGAGAAUGGCUUGCAAAUUAUUGAUUAUUUACCACAUAACAUUUGAUUUUUUCUCCUCCUCUUUUGAUUUUAAAUAUCAUUUGAUAUACCCACAAAAGCUUUUCUCUUUAAGACUUUUAAUCUGCGUUUUGGGAACUUGAAAAUUCCUCAACUUGUGGGAGAGAUCUUCACACACAAAAGAUCUUCAAUUGCUUUUAAUGUUCACUUUCAUUUCGCAAUUAAGAGAGGCUGAGUUCUCGCGGUUUAUUUGGGAUUUUCAGUCUCGUUUCAGCUGCCCAACAAACUGGGAGACAUCGCGAAUCGAAAGCAAAAACUUGAAGGGCUGAAACGAAAAGUUAACGAUAUUCAUAGAAACAAACGACAACGAACUUAAAAAAGAGGAGUAGAAGGGGAAUCCCACAGCGCCGAACUCCAAUUGCAACUCUCGGAUAUCCAACAGCAAUUGCAGACCCAAAAAUUACAUGCCAGCCGCCGCAUUUCCAUAGGAUUUUGGUGGAAACUUGCGACUAACAAAGCGAAUUUCAAAUGUGAACCAAUCAUACAAUAAAAAAAAAAAAAACUCAAAAACCGAAAAAAGACUAGCGUGCAUGGAAAGAAAAAAAAAUAUUGUGAAAACAACAAAAGGUACAUUAGGCAAAAUUGUUUCCAAAGCCUUUUUGUAUGAUUUUUUGAAAGUGCAGUGAAAACGAAAUAUGAUUAAUUAGCAAUGCGGCAAAAUCAUUAAUGAAUAUUAAGUAAAGCACCUGAAAAACAACAACAACCAAAAAACGAACAAAACGGGAAAAGUUAAGAAAAAAAUAAGUUGCAUGUGGAGCAAAAGAGAGUUUGGCGCGCUUUUAAACGCCGGCGACUAAAGACGCGUUCGCGUUUUAACUUAACUACCAAUAGGCGGAAGAGUGAUAGCCAAGUUAAUAGCAAGUUUGUUGCAUAAAUAUCGCGAGUGUCCACAUAAAAACAUAUGUAAAAAAAAAUGGCUACUUCGGAGCAGACCAGGAGGCCCCUGGAGCCGAUCUUCAUCGCCACGCCGCCGCCCACACCCCGGCUGCACCAGCACAACUCGAUAACGCGCACCACAACUCCCAGGGAAAUGCCCACCAUGUAUCACUUUGAUUUUGCAACGAGCGCCACCACGGAUCCCGAGGCGGAAGAUUCUAUGCGGGGCGCGGAGGAUGAACCGCUGCCCCCGCCGCCGUUGACCUCCAACUCGUCCCUUCCAGUGCCGGAGUACGUGGCCCAAGAGCCCAGCCAGUUGACACCAUGUCCAUGCUGUAGCCGCACCUUUGUCGUGGAUGCCCUACGUAAGCACGUGGUUAUCUGCGAGAAAUCCUCUAAGAAGCGCAAGAUCUUUGACUCGUCACGCCAACGCCGAGAUGGAACGGCUCUCUCCACUUACGUUCUGCCCAAGAACUUUGGCCUUCCCAAUGCAGAACGGACGGCUGGAUUACCAUCUCCGCCGACCACUAGUCGCGAUCCCAUGACUACUUCAGUAAAUGCUGCAACAGCAGAGCCGGUAAACUCACCUCUGCCAGUUCGUCGAAAGUCGCAAGCCGAAAUGGUUCGUUCCACUGCCCGAGCUUCUAUGCGGAAGGCGGCAUCCACAUUAUCUUCUAAUUCGGCUACAGAGGCACCCGCUGGGACACCCACUGGGCCACCUGCUGCUUCAGCUGCUCCACUAGUCCGUGAACGAUCGAUGGCCAAACGUAUCAAGGCACCGGCUUGCGAUCGCUGUCCCCACUGUGAUCGCACCUUUAACCCCAAGGCUUUUGAUCGGCAUGUGGAAUGGUGCAAGGAGAAGGCCAUUCAGGCCAAUAUGAAGUCUAACAACAGUCUAGAAACCAACAAGGCUAAGGAACGCCUGGAGGCCAGGAAGCAGUACAGGCCACCCAAUCUCAAGACAAAGAGAUCUUUGGCUCGGGACAAGUACUCUGGUAACCAUGAGGAGCUUCUGGAAGCGGGUGAGAUAACGACACCCAAGCCAAAUAUGAUGUCCCUUUCGAUGACGUCGUCCGUGCACAGUGAUAACGCUCAAGCUCAAGUCUCCAGACCUCGAACUUCGGCAGGUGCGGUAGCUCGUACAAAACAGAACUCAUCAGUCACCCAGAACCGAGUGAGCCUUUACAAUGAGGAUCCACCAUCGUCACCGCCACCGCGGGAACGUGAGGCACUGCGUCGCUCGAAGCGCAAACAGCUGGAAUCCUGCAAUGAAAUCGACGAUACUAUGGAACGACUGAGGCAUAAUGGCAGUGGAGAUUCACUGCAGUUGGCCAAGCUCGAUUGCGUGGAGGCGCCAGUUCUCCAGCCAGCUAGACGCCGCAAGGGCGUUUCCAAAAUGGAUAAAUUUGAUGCUGUCGACAAGGAUAUCAGCCUGCCCAAUCUUCCCCAAGUAACCAUGACCUUCGACCAGCUAAAUGGGUUGAUCAAGCGCAAAGGCGGCACACCCAUUUGCAAAGUGGAAAUGGAUGAGCAGGAAAUCGCCAAUAUGACUUCCAAGCCGCACUCCUCCACAUCUUUAGUACGCCAGGCGCGUCGACGUAUUCGCACCAAGGAGAAUCCCAAUCUAGAGUUACGUUCUUUACAACACGGUUCCGUGGUCUCCAAUGACGUGCAGUUUGCCUCUUUGGACUCCAGUUUAGUGCCAUUGCAGCGAAAGCAGGGAAAAGUUUACUCCGGAUCCGAAGAGGAUUCACCAAGAGCAGAGAUUCAGCUUAAACUGGAGGCCACUGCCAUGCGCACAGUAUGCAGACCCACCAAGAGAUCAGGUCAGGUUACGAGCAACUCGGAACCAAUGCGGGCUAGGCCAAUGUCAGGCCUAAAGAACAGUCUGGAGGCUAUUAACCAAUCUAUUGGGGAAUCAGUACUUCCCAGAUUGAAGCUGGGAAACGAAAGGAUGGACUUUGAACCGGAUGAAGAUGAACCGGAUAAUUAUACCAGUGACCUAGAUGACGAAGCCAUAGAGGCUGACCUUAUGAUCCAAGGGACUAAGUUGUUGGACCGGGCUCGAUCAAGUCCCACUCCUAAAGGCAGUCUCCAAAUGGAGGAUGCCCGAAGUGAUGAAGAUGAAGAGGAGGAGGAGGAGAAGCCGGCCCUGAAGUUGCCUCCUAUAUCCAAGCAGAAUAGCAACGUCAGUCGUCGUUUGGUGCUACUAGAAGAAGAUGAGGAUGGAACUAUGUAUAUCAAGUCACCCCCUGGUGCCAAGCGCAGAACAAAUAGCGGCCUGGGGGAUAAGUACGAUCCCUUCCUCUCGGCCAAGCGACAGCUGGAGGAGCUCUGCUCGCCCAGCACGCCGCCGCCAGAGGAGGUGGUGACCACCAGCACCACCAAAGCUACCAGAACAUUGACACCUUUAGCUACAACUACACCUACAAUCACACCCAGCAUAGCCAUGACCACUUCCUUGACCACGUCUAUCAGUAAACCAGCACAGAUUGCCCAAAAGGUCGCUCCAACCUCAAAUUUCCGACGCACUUCAUCCCUGAGAGGACCUCGUCGUACACCCAUGCUGAACAGUCGCCCCCUGUUUGCCACCAACUAUCGUCCCACCAUUCAACGUGGUCUCUCUGAUGAGGGUCCCAUCUCAACGAAUUUCCUGAAACCGGAAGAGUUCGACGAGAUGCCUGUUAGGGCAGCCUGUGGCAAUGAUUUUCACAGUCCACGUGUGGUUCGACGGGAUACCAGCGCCUCCAAUCGUAAGCAACUGCUUAAAUUGCCAAUGGGUGGGACCAAUGAAGUCAGCAAUACCCCAUCCUCUCCGCAAGCUGGCCGCAAUGUGGCUAAAACCGACUCCCUGGCCGUGUUCUUGAAGUAUGAGCACGAACUAGAGCAACUGAAUGCCAAGGCAGCCGAGAUGGCAGCCGCCAGUCAGUUGACCAGCAAGGAGCAGAAGGAUAAGAGCAAUACGCUGAGUAAGCAGAACUCGGCCAAGAGCUUGGGACAAAGUACUCCGUCACAGCUGCCACCAUUGACUCCAACAGCGGUACCAACAUCCCCCAAUGUGGUCAAGGAGGUUAGUUACCCACCGGUGGCCACUCCCUUGCGGUUGGAACCUAUCAGCAAACCAGUGAUUAACCCUACAGCUCCUCUUACACCAAUAAAGUUGGAAAGCAUCUUUGGUCCUAGGAGAGAAACGAGCUUAGGGUCUGGGUCAGGGUCAGUGGCAGGAGAUUUCAUAGAUCCAAAGCUGAUAAACGCCUGCGAUAAUCUGCAUAUGAAUAGUGGCAUAUCCUCGGAUGCUAGUUCCACGCCUCAGCAGUUGUCCCAAAGCCGUAGCCGGAGUAGCUCCCAGUCCACAAUCACCCACGAAAGGAGGCAAUCUGGCGAAGCCAGAAAUCUGCUAAAACGCAAGAUGCGACUGGGACGCAACCACUUUCUCUACGAUGCUUCGCCUGAAGAUGCGGAUGCAUCCUCGAACUGUUCAGCGGACGAUGAGGCCAACCGGUCAUCUAUGGAGUACGACGAGCAGUGCUGGCAGCAGCAACAGAAACAACUGCUGACGAAUCCAUUGCCACUGGUCAUGCCCAUGGUGCACAACGCUAUGCCCACCUUCGACGACUUUGACUUCGAGGAGUUCCUCUCCUCAUUCGAGAAUGAGAAUGAGGACGAGCAAUUUCCGCUGUUCAAGGACUGUCGCGAGUUCCUGAUGAAUCGCUCGACGAGCAGACAACGUUCGUUCCAGAAAGCGACUUCAACGCCACAGACGACAGCCACACAGUUAACACCCCAUAGUCACCAGUCCAAGAUUAAAGACAAUCACGCCCACAGGUCUGAUCAAAAAAUGCACGAUGAGCGGCUAUUGCAACGACAGCAGUCGAAUGCUUCGACUGCCAGCAGUCAUGAGGAGAAACAAAGCCGCGUGGAGAUGGAGAAGCGGGCAGCCGCCGAGAAUCAACCGAAGCGGGAGAUUUUCAUUAGCAUUGAGACGGAGGCCAAUGCUCAGGGACGCUCACCCAUUUCGCCGGAGUCACUCCGCCAAAUGGUUGGCAAUGCUCAAACGCCCAUUGAUGUGCUGCACAUUGAAAACGGAAACGAGCCGGAGCAUGCUAGAUUCAGCAAGAUCAGCGACACGGAGGAUGCCGGAGAUGAGCACGGGGAUCGGGCCAGCCAAGCCACCAACCGAUUGGCCCCAUCCUCGAGCGGCUCCCUAUUGGCGCCCAACGUGCAGCUGAACAAUGCCAAGAAUCUAAUCCAGCAGAUGCAGAGUGACUUCCGACAGUUGGGCGAGGAGGCUAGUGCCUCCAUGCGUCGCAUGCUUAUAGUAAACAACGGCGGGCGGGACGACGAGCAGCAACGGACGAGCAGGGAGCUCAGAGAUUCUAAUUCAGGGAUUCAGGGCCAGCAGCAUCAGCAGCAUCAGGUUAAGACCAACCAUCCAUUGACGCCUUCGCCGUCGGCGGACUCGGAUGAGCUAAGCAGUCUUGAUGGCUAUCCCAUGUCCUCAUCUCAGGGCUCACGACGCGGAGCCAGCUCGAAGUUAAGUUCGGAUUCAGCAUAUGGCAGCAGCAAUUCACCUUAUAGUUUUUCGCGUCAGCGCUCCACAGAAGUUCAAACGGAAACUCCCCGUCCCCAGGGACUCCUGCGUCCGCACACUGCCGGUGCCAAGUUGCCCAGCUGCAUGUUGGAUGCCUCUACGCAGGCACAAACUGAUUACGGAACCCUCAAAGCUCGCCAACGGCUCUUCGCUCCCGGAAAUGCAAACAAUAAUGGCGAUGGCGAUGAGGCAGAGCCGUCCAGCAGUGGUUCCGAUAACUCCUUUGCUUUGCAGCCAAAACAGCAUCCGCAGCAGACCACCAACUACAACUACCAAAAGCAACAGCAGCAGCAACAACAUCAGCAGCAGACCCUAUCCCAGUCCCAAUCACAGACAGAUUACAACACUAACAACAACAACAAUGUACCGAUGACACCCACCACUUCAGAGCACUCGUUGAUGAGCAGCUCUUCAAAGAGUUCAAGUACGAAACCUUCGAAUUACUGCUAUGAAUGCGGCUCCAAGUUCAUAAUUGAAACCGCUAAAUUCUGCAUGGAUUGUGGUUUAAGGCGGGUCGAACUGUAGAUUAACACCACGUAGCCAUCGCUGUCAGUAGAUUACACCACUCACAGAUAAUUGAAAUCCUCAAAAUCCGUACAUACACAUCAAACACUAAAGCACGGGAAACACACGCCCCGGAUGAAGACGACAACUCCUCAAAUUGAAGUCUGGCUGGAUCGGUCUUGGGGUCUAAAAUAUACCAAAUGUAGUUGUUAAACGCAAGCAGUUUACGAAGAGCGUUAACACCGCUUAUAUAUAGAGUAAUAAUAAUAAUAAUAUAUAUUUUAAUACAAACCAAAUUAAGCAAAACAAAGGUUUUAUAUCGAACAAACUUUAAUUAAUCGAACUAAACUUGGCAUUUCUUACGUAAACAUAUUUCUCAUAUUUGAUUGCUUAAAAAAAUGAAACGAAAUAAGCGAACAAAAAACGCAACUCAACGUAAACAUAUAAACACUUUAACAAAGUUGUUGAUUAACAAAGACUGAACGAAUUUAAACGAUAGAGCGUUGGAAAAAAAAAUUAAGAAUCGAUUAUGUAACGUGACAAGAGCAAAACUAUUUUUAAACAUUUUUUCAAAACCUAACGCAGCAACUCCAUUGUAUUUGUAUUUUGUAAUCGUUUUACUAAUUAUAUAGACACUGCUUAAAUAUAUAAAUAUAUAUGAUAAUGCGCGCAUACA